AUGGCAGAUUUAGUAAUAUUUAUAUUGUAUUUGAUUAAAUUAAUGGUGAGGAAAUUUUGGCUUGAAAAACAUAAUCUCAGUGGUUCAACUGCCAUAGUGACUGGCCUGUAUCUAUGGGAACAUAUUUUAAAUGGAGAUUUAGAAGAAAAGUUGGGAGGUGUUUGGAGUUAUGGUGUUAAAAAAAUAAAUAAUAUUAGAUUUAAGUUCCGGACGGGUCCAGGUGUGAUUCCCACCAAAGUUCCAAGGAACACAGAAAAUUUAUUGUUAGUGCUCAAUGGAAGAGAAACAUCAAAAAUAGACUUUGCCAAAUUAUGGUUAGACUUUCUACCCACGCUGCCAUAUUUAAAAAAUGCUGCUGUAGUGUUGCUAGGCAAUGAACAGUGUAACAAUGAUUGGAUAAAACCGUAUUUAAAUAAUCGUGGUGGACCAAUCAAAUUUGUGUUUUUAGUUUAUGACAGUCGUGAUGUAGACAAUGUAAAUUUUUAUCAAUGGCCUCUUGGUGUAGCAACGUAUAGAGACUUUCCUAAAGUAGAUACAGCACACCUACCUGUGUCCUCUAAUAGAAAAUAUACCUGUAACUUUCUAGGAACUAUUUAUAAACAAUCUUCUAGAGAAACUUUAUUAAAUAUAUUAAAUAAUAAUACACAUAAAUCACAGUUCUUUAUCAAACCUCGUUAUGAGUGGUUACCCCAGGAAACAGAUGAAACUCGUGAUGACUAUAUAAGGGCAUUAGCUCAGAGUGAUUUAACGCUAAACCCUGUUGGACAGAACACUGAGUGUUAUAGAAUAUACGAGGCCAUGGCCUAUGGUUCCGUGCCUGUUAUAGAAGAUCAAAUGACCCCUGGAAAUUGUGGGGUGUCCAGUGCUUCCCCCCUGUCACCGCUACGCCUUUUAAAAGAAUAUAAUGCCCCUGUGAUCUAUAUCAAAAACUGGAAUGAACUUCCAGGAAUUUUAAAGAAAGAAAUGACUUUAACACCUGAUGAUCGAACACAUAGAAGAGAAAAGUUGAUACAGUGGUAUGAAAAUUUUAAAUCCAUCAUGCGAGACAAACUGGUGCGUGUUUUAGAAGAAAAAUUUUUUAACAUCAAACGAUGAUGGUAACUGUUUAUAUUUUAGGUUUUAACAAAUUUACGGAUUUCAGUACAAUCUCAAAGGGAUUGUAUAGAGGUUUUCUAAAUUUUGACAUCAUCAAACACUUAGUUUUAGUGGAAUUACAACCACAGACAUGUGAUUGAAGAUUGGAAUGGUGUAAAUUAAUGGUAUCAGUGUACUUAUACAAAGUUGUGAACUUCUUUACAAUCCCUUUAAAAUAUAGAGGAAAAGGUUGGUAAUCAAGAAGAAUUGUUUAUCAAUAGCAUACUGAGAUUCAUCUUCAUCUUUCUCAAUAGAAAUUAUUCAUUUUGUCUUUAAAUUGAUUGUUAGAUAUUAUUAUUAAGGCCUUGGACAGAUCUCUAUGAUCAGUUCUUGUCAUUUCACCCCAUUAUAUAAAAGAGCUGGCUAUGAUUCAUUAAAUGAUUAUAAUUGUUGGCGGCAAAAGUAAUUUUCAAAUCAAUUGAGGUAUCCCACUUUUUUAGAACCUUUUUCGGCAAAAUAUGUAAUAUAAACAUUAGCAUGGUAAUUUGAAAGAUCAAGUUUAUGAUUCAAUGAAAAUCAGUCAAAAAAAUCAUACUUCAUCUUAUAUGUGAGAUAUAUAUAGAAUUUAAUAAGUAGGCCAAGUUUGGACAUAGCAUGGUUGCCUGGAGAAUCAGGGACUUGUAUAUGUUAUCCAAAGUUAUAAUAGUGUUGAAAGAUUGUACUGAAAUCCUUGUUUAAUAGAAAGAUUUAGUGCUAAAAAUUGUUAAUACAUGUAGUUAAACUUUGACGAGAGAGUAAAAUGUCCUGCUUCUUAAAUAAUCAAAUCAAAUACUACUAUGAUAUCCUAAUAAUCCUAUGAUUACUGUAAAUGUAAUUACC